GACACUUGCUUUUGCGCGCGAACUCUAAGCUCUAGGGUCCCGGGGCCAGGUUUGCGGUUGCUCGCGGGGCAGGCCCCUGAGGGACGAGACGGCGUCACUGGACCUGGACACCUUCAUCACCCCAUCAUGCAGACCUCAGCGCACAAGCAGCAGCAGCAGCCCGAGGCAACCAAGAUCAGGAACCUGCCCUGGGUUGAAAAAUACCGGCCACAGACACUGGAUGAUCUCAUUUCUCAUCAGGACAUUCUGAGUACUAUUCAGAAGUUUAUCAGUGAGGACCGCCUUCCGCACCUCCUUCUCUAUGGUCCUCCAGGCACGGGAAAGACAUCCACCAUCCUGGCCUGUGCUAAACAGCUGUACAAAGAUAAGGAAUUCGGCUCCAUGGUCUUGGAGCUGAAUGCUUCGGAUGACCGAGGAAUAGAUAUCGUUCGGGGACCAAUCCUGAGCUUUGCUAGCACAAGGACAAUAUUUAAGAAGGGCUUUAAACUAGUGAUCUUGGAUGAAGCUGAUGCCAUGACUCAGGAUGCCCAGAACGCCUUGCGGAGAGUGAUUGAAAAAUUUACUGAAAAUACCAGAUUUUGCCUCAUCUGCAACUAUCUGUCAAAGAUCAUUCCCGCCUUGCAGUCCCGGUGUACAAGGUUCCGAUUCGGCCCCCUGACUCCUGAACUCAUGGUUCCCCGCCUGGAACAUGUUGUAGAAGAAGAGAAAGUUGAUAUAAGCGAAGAUGGGAUGAAAGCGCUCAUAACACUUUCCAGUGGAGAUAUGCGAAGGGCCCUGAAUAUUUUGCAGAGCACCAACAUGGCCUUUGGGAAGGUGACAGAGGAGACCGUGUACACCUGCACAGGGCACCCACUCAAGUCAGACAUCGCCAACAUUCUAGACUGGAUGUUGAAUCAGGAUUUCACCACGGCCUACAGGAAUAUUAUGGAGUUGAAAACUCUGAAGGGGUUGGCAUUAAAUGACAUCCUGACGGAGAUACACUUGUUCGUGCACAGAGUUGACUUUCCAUCUUCAGUUCGAAUACAUUUAUUGACCAAAAUGGCAGACAUUGAGUACAGACUUUCAGUUGGCACCAAUGAGAAGAUCCAACUGAGUUCCCUCAUUGCCGCCUUUCAAGUCACCCGAGACCUGAUUGUCACAGAGGCCUAGAUGCCAAGGACCAUUCACUGCCAGUUCUCAGGCCCAGAAGUGACUGGAGAGUAGGGGUCUCAGUCACAGAUGAACUGCUGCCCAGGCUAUGGGAUGAAGCCACAGUCACUCCCAGUUUUGGAAAUUCCAGGCAUGGGUGGGCAGACACUAAAAAGUGCCAUGUUUGUUAGUGCUUGGACAGGAAUGUAUAAAACUUUUAUUUUUUUGUCUUUUAAGGACUGCUCUCGUGGCAUAUGGAGGUUCCUAUGCUCGGGGUCCAAUCAGAGCUGUAGCUGCCAGCCUACACCACAGCCUCAGCAAUGUGGGAUCCAAGCCAAAUCUGUGACCUACGCCACAGCUCACAGCAAUGCCGGAUCCCUAACCCAGUGAGCGAGGGCAGGGAUCGAACCCACGUUGUCAUGGAAGCUAGUCGGGUUCGUUAACCACUGAGCCACAACAGGAACUCCCAAAACAUUUUUAAUGUACAGCUCUCUUACUGCACUGCCCAUUUGUGUUUUAUAAGGCAGAAAAAAAGCAAAAGCCUUAAUUAAGGCUUUCUACCUUUCAGUUGCUUGGCUGACUGGAAACUGGCCUAUGCCAUUUGGAACAUCAGGCUUUCAAAUCUAAUAUGGUCCAAGGAUCUUCUAACUCAAGGUAAAAAAAACCUCUCCAGAACUGUUUGUAAAUCUAAUCUGUGGCACCAUCUCCAUCUACUUUAAAUAGGUGUUAAUGGGUUUCUGGCCCAAACUAUUAUACUCUUAUAAAAUGCACUCAACUUUCUUACUUUAAAAACUGGCCUUUUUAUUUCUCUUGAAGAAGUUGCUAGCAGGUUCCUAAUUGUAGUGUGAAGAGCAGAGAAAACAUUCAUUUUAACUGAUGCCACUGGGGCCAAAGAUCAUCCAACAUGACUUGUCUAACCUGGGGCACAGGAGAGUAAGCCUGACCCUAAAGUGCAGCUGCUGAAAGGAUUAGGACUCGUGUACAAGUGGAGCAGUUUACCCUCGCGCAUUUAUGCCGCAGUAAUGAUGGUGUACUUCCCAGUAAAAAUAAAGCAGCUUGACGUGUUAA